AAGAGGAAUCGGACCAGAAGGAUGUGGCUUCAAAUGAAAGAUCAGAAACAUUUGGAAACAGGUUGAUUGAAAAAAAUGGUGGUUAAUUUCUGCAAAAUACUGAUGGAAAUCAACAGAUCAGGCAGCAAAUUUGGAGCAGUAUAAAUAGGUAACAUUUCGGAUGAGCCCUUCAGCAUGCCUAGACUGCGCACUGCUCUGCUUAGUUGCUGCCUGAACUGCAGUGUUCCUCCUGCAUUUUGUGUGUAUGUGUCUACAUUUCCAGCAAGAGCAAAAUCACUUGUGUUUUAUAUUUGCAUUUUUAAGAAGGUUCUACUUUGGCAUUAAACACAUGGAAGAUUUGCUGAUAUUAAUUGUAUUGUUUAUUAGAGCUGCUUUCUGUGUUAAAAGAGCUGCUGAGUUUUCUGCACCAAACAAAACUGAGGUAUGGGCAUGAAACCAGUGCUUGCAGAAACUUUUAAUGGCACCAUGGUUACCCAGAAAAUUCUGGGUAACAAUUUUUGCCGUCGCUGAAGCACUGAGCGAAUGCGCAGGCAUUAGGGUUCUGGAUGUUCCCGAAUAUCACACGUGCUCGCAGUACUCAAAAGGUCUCGGGCAGUUCGACUGCAGGUAAGAGGAUAUCUCUGGGCGGGAUUGCAACGCUGAAUGAGGGACAAUUGCUGUAAGCUCCGGAUACCAUAGUUCACAAUCCCGGGACAGUCUUGUUCUCAUCCCCCUCUCUCAGCCCCACGAUCUGUACACAGGUCCCGGGGAGCUUCCAGCUGAUGAAGGAAUAGGAGCUGAUGGAUCUCUGAGACAGAGCUGAGCUACAGCUAUCUAACUGCAAGGAUUUGGAACUCGGAGAAAGGGAACAAAUUCUUUUACAUCAGCAGUUGAGAAAAUCAUCUUUGUUCUUCCUCCAAUCACAAGAGAAAAUCUACAGAUGCUGGAAAUUCAAGCAACACACGCAAAUUGCUGGAGGAACUCAGCAUUAGUACUCUUUUCCAUAGAUGCUGCCUGGCCUGCUGAGUUCCUCCAGCAUUUUGUGUGUGUUGCUUGUUCUACGUCCUCUUGUUCUGAACCUUUCUACCCAUGAGAACAUUUUUUUUGACCCAUUCUCUGGGGACAUAAUGGUAUCAAACAUCUUUGCCCUGGGCAACAAGUAGCUUUCACAUCACCAAUGUGCCAGACUCUAAUGAGACAGACUACUGCUCUUCCCUUCAUAAUGAUUGGCAUUGCCAUCAAUGAGUUCACCACCAUCAGUCACCUGUGGGAGGGUUCAGGGGAAAUAAUUAUGUCCAGUAUGGAAACUGGUGUUACCUGUGUGUAUUGUGGCGAUGAAAAGUUGCUGGAGAAUUUGCAAGCGGAAAGAAGUGGAGUGAUAUUUUGAAAUCUUAUUUUUUAGAGUUUCAUUUAACAAGCAAAUCAGAUAUGGAUGGUGUGCAAAUGCUCUGGUGAGAAUAUCCUUCAUUACCCACUACAGGCCUGCGACUUAGGUUGUGUGAGAGUGCAGAUGAACUCGAUCAAACCCAGAGGAGAUCAGCGUUCUUAUUAACAGGGAUUCUGCAGAUAAAAGCAAAACGAUUGCAAGGGAAAAAAAUAAUCCUCUGGAAGAUCAGAAUGGUAAUCCAUAUGAAGAGACAAAAUAGAGGUUAAAAACGAGAAGGAAUUUAUCUCCGGGAAUCUUGAACAUGGCAUGCCAGUUUUUCAGUCUCUGUCCAGAUAUUUAAGAAGUCGAUCAUCCUUCCUGCUCAGACUGUGGAAAGGGAUUCACUCUGUCAUCUGACCAACUGGCAUUUCCUUCAAAGUACACAGGGCAAAGGCCAUUCACCUGCUCAGACAGUGGGACUGGAUUCACUCAGUCACCUCAACUGAAGGUACAUCAGCAAGUUCACACUGGGGCAAAGCCGUUCACCUGUUCUGUUUGGGAGAAACGAUUCAGUCGGUCUUCCCACCUGUGGACACACCAGUCAGUUCACUCUGGGCAGGGACUGGUCAUCUGCUGAAUUUGAGGGAAAGGAUUCACCCGGUCAGCUGAACAAAUGGCUCACCAGCGAGUUCACACCAGGGAGAAGUUGUUUUCCUGCUCAGACAAUGGGAUGGGAUUCACUCAGUCAUCCAACCUACAGAGGCACCAGUCAGUUCAUACUGCAGAGAGGGAUUUCAUCUGCUCAGUCUGUGGGAAGAGAUUCACUCGGUCAUCAAACCUACAGAGACACCAGCGGGUUCACAAUGGAGAGAAGCCGUUCAACUGCUCAGUCUGUGGGAAGAGAUUCACUCAGUCAUCCACCCUACAGAGUCACCAGCGAGUUCAUACUGGGGAGAAGCCGUUCAUCUGCUCAGUCUGUGGGAAGAGAUUCACUCAGUCAUCAAACUUACAGAGACACCAGCGAGUUCACAAUGGAGAGAAGCCGUUCAUCUGCUCAGACUGUGGACAAGGAUUCAUUUUGUCAUCUCACCUCCUGACACACCAGUCAGUUCACACCUGGGAGAAGCCAUACACCUGCUCAAUCUGUGGAAAGGGAUUCAGUCAGUCAUCCACCCUACAGAGACAUCAGCGAAUUCACACUGGGGAGAAGCCAUUCACCUGCUCAGUGUGUGAGAAGAGAUUCACUCAUUCAUCCACCCUACAAAGUCACCAGCGUGUUCACACUGGGGAGAAGCCUUUCAGCUGCUCAGAAUGUGGGAAGGGAUUCACUCAGUCAUCCACCCUACGGAGACACAAGCGAGUUCACACUGGGGAGAAGCCAUUCACCAGCACAGACUGUGGAAAGGGAUUCGCUCGAACAUCUGACCUAAUGGCUCACCACAGAGCAGAGUUUGGGGUUCUGGAUGAUAGUUGGGGUAAGAACAUAUGAGAAGGGUAUCAGCAGUGGGCGGAGUGAAUGACAGAGUAGCAACAUUUGGAAGCUGAUUGUCAGAGAAAGUAAUUUGUUUGUCUGACUGAUGACUGAAAUUACGCCUGUGGUGAGGUGCUCCAGUGGUCGAGGAACGUGUGUGUUGGGAUGAUUUUAUCUAUUGAGGGAAGUUGCUGCCUGUUUGUACUGUAAUAUUAUAUCCUGAUGGUUACUAUGGAUUGUCCUAUCUGAAAUAAUGUAUUGAUUUUCAUAUAAUUAGUAAGAUUUUGACUCUAAAAUUGGAUCAGGCUUGAAUUUAUGAUGCCUUUAUGAAAUGAUGGACGGAAUUCAUGAGUUUGCAUUUUAAAGCAAGAUUUUGGUGAAUGAUAUUUCCCACUUGAUUGUUCCUUUGUAAGUAAUCAUAUUAAGUUAAACUGCUGCAGGAUCCUGGAAUGUGUUGGAUAGUGUCUGGUUUCCCUUGGCAUUUUCUGCACUUACUGCCUUGUUUGUUUGUAUUUCAUGUAUUCUGUCCUGACUCAGUUUCUGCUGGAAGGACAUAAGACGUAAGGCCAUAUGUUCUCCAUUUCACCCAUCAUCUGUUCUGCCAUUUAAUCAUAGCUGAUCCAAUUUUCUGUCAGCACCAAUGUGCUGCCCUCUUCCCGUAUCCCUUCAUGACCUGACCCUCAAGAAUCUAUCAACCUCUGUCUUGUAUAAUGGAGAUAAAGAUGCCCUCUAUAGCCUUAUGUGGCAAAGAUUCAACAUUCUUUAGCUAAAGAAAUUCCUCCUCUUUUCCAUUCUAAAAGGAUGCCCCUGUAUUCUAGGCUGUGUGCUCUGGUCUUAGGCUCUGCCAUCGGGGGAAACAUCAUUGCCACACCCACUAUCAAGGCCUUGCACCACUCGAUAGGUUUCAAUGAGAUCACUCCUCAUUUUGCUGAAUUCUAGUGAAUACAGGCUAGAGUAAUCAAGCAGUCUUCAUAUGUCAAGCCUAUGGAAUCAUUUUGGUGACCUCCUUUGAAACCUCUCCAAGGUUUAGCACAUCCUUUCUAAGAGAAGGUAGGCAACCCUGCUCAUAAUACUCCAAGGAAAGCUCACCAAUGCUUUAUAAAGUUUCCACAUUAAAUCCUUGCAUUGAUCCAUCAUGUUUGAUUUAUUGUACCCCUCAAACAUAUUCCCCCGCAUUCUCCCUGUAACCUUUCACAUCCUUACACGAGAAGGGAUAUGAAGAAUUGCCUCAGCUGCAUAUCUGAUACUAUUCCGUCUCAGUUUUCCAUGCUUUUUCUGUUUUUCAGAAAUCCUGGGAAUGAUCCAUAGUCCAGUGAAUUAGAACAGAAUUUUACUAAUGUAACAAAAGUUGAUAGUGGCUUCACGUAGCUGGUCCCCAGAUUCUAGCAUUAAUCUGACAUUUUGAGUACAAUUUCUGCUGUUGUAGCAAUCACAUCAGUACCUUUUUGUUGGUUCCUCACCUACAUAAUUUAAGUAAUUUUGCUGACCUUACUGAAAACAAACAACCAUGAGCACUCGCUCACCUGACUGAAGGAACAUAGACACAUUUACCAGACAUAUAAAUAACAGAAAUGCAUUUUAAAUCCCGUAAACGUGACUUACGUUUUACCAACAGAGCCGACCAUUUAAUGUAAAUAGACGUUUGACUCUUCCUUUCAGCUCCUCCCUGAAUUUCCUCUGUUACAGAGUGUAGAUACACGUGUUGGUGCAGGUACAGAGAAACUGCAACAUGAACCCAGACUGUUGCAGGAUAUAAGGUGGUGUGUUCAAAUAUCUGUCAGUGUAAAAGUAAUUCCGAAUUAGUAGUAUAUACAAUAUAAGGGUUCCACAACAGUGGAAAACACAAUUAUCGAUUUUUUUAUGGUGCUCCACCUCUGGAUCAUUCUUUUUCACUCUGCUGCUUCUCAGCCCUCCAUGAACUCUAUUUGCCUCUAUAACAUGAGUGGCUGUUAAAGCAUUAACAAGUAGAAACAAACCCAUCAGCAAUAACAGUGUAGUGAUAGUGUUAAACAAUUGGUACGCUUUCCACGCUGGGAGAGUAAAGAAAUGCAUUUUGAAAAUGCAUUGCGUCUGUGCAUUAUCAUUGGUAGUGAAAGGUUCCACUGCAAAGUAUGAUGGAACAUCUCUGGCACAACUUCCUAAACACAACACACACACACAAAAUGCUGGUGGAACAUAGCAGGCCAGGCAGCAUCUAUAAGGAGAAGCACUGUCGACGUUUUGGGCCGAGACCCCUCGUCAGGACUAACUGAAAGGAAAGAUAGUAAGUGAUUUGAAAGUAGUGAGGGGAGGGGGAAAUGCAAAAUGAUAGGAGAACGGAGGGGGUGGGAUGAAGCUAAGAGCUGGAAAGGUGAUUGGCGAAAGUGAUACAGAGCUGGAGAAGGGAAAGGAUCAAGGGACGGGGGGCCUCGGGAGAAAGGGGUGGAAAGCAUUGGAGGGAGAUGAAGAACAGGCAAGCAACUAAAUAUGUCAGGGAUGGGUAAGAAGGGGAGGAGGGGCAUUAACAGGUUAGAGUAGUCAAUGUUCAUGCCAUCAGGUUGGAGGCUACCCAGCCGGUAUAUAAGGUGUUGUUCCUCCAACCUGAGUUUGGAUUCAUUUUGACAGUAGAGGAGGCCAUGGAUAGACAUAUCAGAAUGGGAAUGGGGCGUGGAAUUAAAAUGUGUGGCCGCUGGGAGAUCCUGCUUUCUCUGGCAGACCGAGCGCAGGUGUUCACCCAGUCUGCAUUGGGUCUCACCAAUAUAUAAAAGGCCACAUCGGGAGCACCGGAUGCAGUAUACCAACCAGCUGACUCAUAGGUGAAGUGUUGCCUAUCAACAUAACAAUCAAUGUCCCCUCUCUCAAUUGACAGUUUGUUGCCAUUUCUAGCAGGUGUGUUAUUUUCAGAUGUACAAUGUACUGUGUAUGUUACUCAAAAUGGUUUCUUUGGUUUGUUAAGAGUAGGAAUGCUUUGUCUGAUAAGUGUUUUAUCUCACAGUUGUUUAGCUUCAGACUUGCUGAUAUGGGGAUUGUAUUCAUUUGUUAACCAAUGGGGAAUGUUAUUUUGUCUUGUGAGGCUGGGAGCUUGGGGGUUUUCACAGUUUUAUUCAGGGGAAUCGGGAAGAAGACGCCGAGGAAGGUGGAUGUGCGCUGCACUGCUUGGUGGUCCAGAUGCAAGGACGUGGAGGUCAGAGGAGAGUGACAAGGGGACGAAUGGUUCGAUGGUUGAGCUCCAACGAUGUGCACUAAACUGACUGAACUUUGAUAAGUUGGCGUCUUUUACUUUUUCUUUUCUUUCAUAUAUACUGUAUUACAUAGUACUCUUUUAGUAUCAGUAAAAUCUUUAAAGUGUAUUUCAUAAUGGUA